CAGCUUGGGCGAGUCAUCACUCUGUAAAAAUAUUUCUCCCGUUGUUCUUUGGAACUUCCGUGAAAGAAAAUGGCGUCGAAAACCCUAGCUCGCACCGGCGCUUCUCUCAUGAAUCGCUUAUUCAACCCCAUUCUUUCCCAAAAAAAUAAUCCAAAUCUAAUCUCAAACCGUCCUUCAAACCCAUUUCUUCUUUCCAAAUACCAGCCAUCUCUCCAUUUGCAGGAAGAGAACGCCGAUUCUCUGAAAAAAUCAGCUCUUUUGGAUGGUUUUUCUUAUCCUUGCGGCCUUCCUUCUCUUCGAUUCUUCAUACAAGAUGAUGAUGACAGCACUUCCUCAUUGAACAAGCCAAUGAUCUUACUUCCCAAAAGAACUUACCAGCCUAGCCACAUCAAGCGUAAGCGAACCCAUGGGUUCUUUGCUCGUAAGGAGACCAAGGGCGGUCGGAGAGUCAUUGCUCGGAGGUUGGCAAAAGGUCGAGCGAGAAUCACAGUUUAACAGCUUAGUGUGCCUAGGCUAACCGAUUUCCCAAGAGCACUGUCAUAGGGCAUGUAAUAGUGGCUAAGAGAAGGUACUUGGAAAGUCUUGCCUCCAUCAUGCCUCAACUGUUAACAUGCCAUAGCAUUUGAUUGGUGUGGGAGCAGAGCUACAGCAUUCGUUUCAAUUCAUGGACUGAAAUGUGUGGUAAGGCAAGAAAACUGAGCUUUGUCUGUCUUGUAAGAAAAUUUCCUUUUAAAAAAAUUAAAAAAAAUUAAUGUUUUUGAGAGCUCCAGCUUGUGCUGAUUAGCCUUGUGUUAGAAUUGUUCUUUCAAUCUAUGCAACUGGGCACUUGUUUUCUUCA